GUUAAAUUAGGUUUAAUAAUUAUAAUAUUUUAAUCAAAUGAAUAAAUUAUCCAAUUUAACAAUAAAUCCAACCCAAUCCAAAAUUUCAAAUUUAUUAAAUAUAAUAAUAACAAUCCAUGGAUACGGUUAUUAUUUGGACCUGAGCCUGCUCAAAACCAGGCCCAUAAAAUAACUCCUAUAAUCAAUGCAAAACUAUUUAUAUUAUAUAUUAUUUCGAAGCUCAUGGAGCUCGAGACACCGCCAUCACCAACUAGUGUAAAGAGACCAAAUAUAGAGACGAAGAAUCAGAGAAAGAAACGGAAAGGCACACAAAAAUAAAAUAAAAAUAAUAACCUAGUUUGAUUAUUCAUCAGUUUCCAGAAACACGGCUUCUUUAUUUGGAAAAGGAUUCCAACAAGACCAAAAUCAGAACUAUAGCGACCAAGAAUUACUAUUUCAACACCAAAAGAACAAGAACAAGAACAAGAUAGGCAGUGCAAGAAUCUCAGCACCACACGGUGGAAGGGGUGCUCUUCCUUCUGAAGGAGGAGAAUUCUGAAAAGGGGUUUGAAGGGUGUGGCAGGAAUUGCCUUGGGAAGUGUUGCUUACCUGGUAUGUAGGGUUUUUUUUCCCAGAUUUUUUGUUUGAUUAAUCUUGGUUGGAGAUUAUGUCUUUGUGUACGUAGAAUAAAGAGACUUUUCAAUUCUCAUGACGUUGUUGUUGACAUUGGUAAUUUAGUGGCAUGUAAAGCCUUGUUUGCUUGUGGAGAAAAAAUGGAGAACAGUGUUCACAUGAGCGAUUGAUGAUGGGUUGUUAGGCAGGGUGUGGAUGAGUUUUCAUUAUGAAAAUCUUGGCUUUUUUUAUUUUCUAUGAUUUUGAUAGCAGGCAAGAGUUGAACUUUAUGUGCAAAAACCUUCAUACAGGAACUAUGUCCUGUUCCAAAUAGUGGAAAAGUCUAGGAGGAAAAGAGAAGAUGAUUCUAGCAAGGUGUUGUGAUUAAAAGUGUUAUUAAAAAAAGGAAAGCAGCAAACUUGUUUGCUAAUUCCUAUAGAAUUUAGAAACUAUGAAUGGCUUUGACAGGGAAUGUGUAGAAAAAAGGGACAGAAUAUUAUGGAUACGCUCUUGUUUUUCUCCACAAAUUCUUCUAAUGCUGAUUUUUUUUUUUCAGUGUCUAAGCUGCCUCUGUAUGCAUUCAAGGAAGACAAUUCGAAUUUGAUUGGAAAUAGUGUUGAGAAAUCAUCAGAAGAGCAGCCUCAUAUGUGUUUCCUGCACAACCUGUUGCUGGGACAAUGGGAGGAUCGAAUGAGCCGUGGCCUUUUCCGCUAUGAUGUAACUGCUUGUGAUACAAAGAUCAUUCCUGGUAGAUAUGGUUUCAUUGCGCAACUGAACAAGGGCCGCCAUCUGAAGAAGAGACCCACUGAGUUCAGGGUUGAUAAGGUGCUUCAGGAUUUUGAUGAGACUAAGUUCAAUUUCACCAAAGUGGGACAAGAAGAAGUGCUUUUCAGGUUUGAAAAAAGCAUUGACCACAACAGACAUUUUUUUCCUAGUGCGCCGCCUAUAACAGCUGAUUCCAACAGCUCAAGUGUUGUUGCUAUCAAUGUGAGUCCAAUUGAGUAUGGACAUGUUCUCUUGAUACCCCAAGUUCUCAAUUGCUUGCCUCAGAGGAUUGAUCAUGGCAGCUUCUUACUUGCUCUUCAUAUGGCUAAAGAAGCAGCAGAUCCUUUCUUUAGAGUGGGUUACAACAGUUUGGGUGCUUUCGCCACAAUUAAUCACCUACACUUUCAAGCUUAUUACUUAGCAGCACCCUUCCCUGUUGAGAAAGCUCCAACUAGAAGAAUAAUGACAAUGAAGAGUCCGCAAGAUGAAGGAGUAAUCGUUUCGCAGCUCCUGAAUUAUCCAGUGCGAGGUCUUGUCUUUGAGGGUGGAAGUACAGUUCAGGAUCUAUCUGAUUCAGUAGCUAGUUCUUGCAUUUUCCUCCAGAACAACAAUAUCCCUUUCAAUGUGCUCAUUACUGAUUGUGGAAGAAGAAUUUUUCUCUUUCCACAGUGCUAUGCGGAGAAACAAGCACGCGGAGAAGCAAGCCAGGAGCUGCUGGACACUCAAGUUAAUCCAGCCGUUUGGGAGAUCAGCGGACAUAUAGUGCUGAAGAGACAGGAGGAUUUUGACGAUGCCUCAGAAACAUAUGCGUGGAGACUUCUUGCUGAGGUUUCGCUAUCAAACAAGAGAUUCCAUCAAGUAAAGGCUUAUUUAUUGGAAGCAGCAGGCUUUCAGACAGAAAUAGAGGAAAAUAACAGAGAUCUUGAGCGAGAACCCAUCUAUGAGCAACCUUCCCCUGAAGCUGUAGCACAUUUACCCCAAGAUUGCAUGGUCUUUUAUUGAAAGCCUAUGUAUGUUUAUUUACAAAACUAUCAUUUUGUAAUAGUUCUCAUACCCUAUUUUAGCUGUCAUUUAUACCAGAACAACAGGUUCUUUCCAUUCCCAUACGCUUCGUUCUGGUUUCAAUCCUUUUAAUCGAUGUCUUGGUUUAGGCUUUCAAUUGAAGUUCUUGCGUUCCAUUCA